AUGGCUCUGGCAUUCCGCAACACCUUGGCCCUGGUGAUGCUCUGGCUUCUGCCUCCCCAGUCCGUGGCUGGGCCCGGGUACUUGGCUUGCUACUACGGCUGCUUGGGAGUUUGCUUCACAGCUGGCGUGGCUGCGGCUGGGAUUUGUCCUCCCGCAGGCCUGAGCGGCGCGGCUGCCUGCACAAGCGGCUGCGCGGCAGCGUGCGCGCCGACGCUGCUGGCGUGCUUCUCUGAGGACACCCGCGUCCAGGUCCUCAACGGCACAGGCGUGGCUGUGGUGCCCUUGAGCGCUGUAGCGCCGGGGCAAAGGCUUUGGAGCUUCUACCAGGGCAAGCCCUUGGCGGUGAAGGUUCUGGAGAAUCAAAGGUUGCAAGGCAACUUCAGCUUCGUGGAGCUGGUGGCACACUUGGAGGUGGCCACAGCGGAGGAGCUGCGGGUGGGCGACAUCGUGGCCACCGGCGUCUCGCGCCUGGGCUUCGGCGUCAUCUCGGAGCUGCGGCGCAUGCAGAAGUCUGUGAAGCACGUGCUGACCACGGAGACCGGAAGCGUUGUGGCCAACAACAUUCUGAGCAGCACCAUUUGUGACGGCCGCGACGACAUCUACAACCGCUCCAGCUGGCUUGUGACGCUGAACCAGUGGCAGGCGUUGCAUGAGGAGCGCCUCAAGCAGAUGUAG